GAUCCCUUCCUAAUUAUAAUGACAUGUCAAGGAUAUUUCAUUCUGAGUAUCAAUCCAAUCUGAUUUUAUGAUCUCAACCAUCCAUACUUUCGUUAAAACGUAAGAUCGAAUCUUAGUCAUUCAUCUCUUUUUAAAUCUACGAUUAAGAUCAAAACUUUACCUUCCUCUUUAACCUAAAACGACCAAAAUUCCUAAAACUAAUUCAUUCUUCCUCUCCUACCUCCGCUUCUUCUCCCCUUCCCCUUUCCCUGCGUCCUCUCCAUUUUUUGCCGGCGAGAGCAGCAGCCAGCGACUCAUCCUGCCCCUCUCUCCGCCUCCCUCUUCUCCUCUUCUCUUUUUCUCCGAGCAGCAGCAGCUCCGGCAAGGACGGCAGUAGCAGCGCCAACAACUCCAACGCCCAGUGAACCUCCUACUGGCAAAAACUCCGCAACAGCGAGCCGCCAGACGCCGCUGCAUUUCCUCCUUAGGCGACCUUCGAAAUUCAACAAACCACUUGUAUAUUUUGGUGCAUUGAAAAACGAUCUUAACAGAUCCGCCCGGACGAAUGGCUGGAAAGUCUGUAGCAAAAGCAGUUGGGCGAUAUCAAUAUCCAUGGCAAGAAAAGUUGGCAAAAUACAAGGAUGAGCUUUCAAAGGGAGUUUGGGGUUACUGGGAGCUUGGAGCCUGGAAACCUCUGGGGAUGAGUGCUCGCCAUCGAGCUCGUCUGCGCAAGGAAGUUGUUGUUGCUGGACAAGAUUGGCCAUACGAUCCAGCGAGAAAGGAAAUGAGAACGAAGCAGAAAGGGCACAAGUGUGACAGAAUAUCAGCAGAAAAACGGGCAAAGACAGCCGAACUGAUGCAAAAAAUGCCUGAAAUGUUGGCUGAUUACAGGAAGAGAAAGUGGGAAAGGAAAAUGAAAGCAGAAGAAGAUGCUGCCAGAAAAUCAUUGCAAGAAUAGGUUUUAGCAUCCUUCCUUUCUUUUCCAACAACAUAAUGGACCAAAGAUUUCCUGCUCACUUGUCUUGUUCUCUUUUUGUGAGUUUAAUAACUAGUGUUUUGUUUUUCUUAUUAUGAAAACAAACAAAAGAUGUUUUGGAGCACUAAGUUGUUGGUCUAACAAUUUUAAACAUUAGAUUAGAUGAGCAAAUGAAUAAGAAGAAAAAAGUGAUGGUCUCAUAACUUGUUUUGAUAGACUUAUUUUAAGUAUUUUAAAGCUAAAAUAGCUUUGAAACACUUUUAGAAGUGUUUUUAUUAAGUUAUAAAGUGCUUGUAAGCAUUUGGUUUUGA